GAGAGCAGCCAUGGACGCCGUCUCCCCGCUGGUCGGCCCUCUCCUCCUGGUCCUCCUGUCCUCCCUCCCCCACGGCUCCUCCUCCAUGCUGUGUCCAAAGCGCUGCACCUGCCAGAACCUGCUGCCGUCCUACACCGUGCUGUGUGCCAAGACGGGCCUCCUCUUCGUCCCGCCCAACAUCGACCGCCAGACGGCCGAGCUGCGGCUCAUGGACAACUUCAUCACCACGCUGAGACACCGCGACUUCGCCAACAUGUCCAGCCUGAUCCACCUGACGCUGAGCAGAAACACCAUCAGUCAGAUCCGGCCGUACGCCUUCGCCGACCUCCAGGACCUGCACGCUCUCCACCUGGACGCCAACCGCCUCACCACCCUGGACGACUCGCACUUCCAGGGCCUGGUGAACCUGCGGCACCUGAUCCUGGCCAACAACCAGCUGCACAGCAUAUCGGAGGGGGCCUUCCAGGACUUCCUGGAGACUCUGGAGGACUUGGAUCUGAGCUACAACAACCUGGUGAACAUCCCCUGGGACACCAUCGCCCUGCUGGUCAGCGUCAACACCCUCAGCCUCGACCACAACCUCAUCGAGAACGUCCCCGAGGGAAUCUUCUCCAACCUGCACAAACUGGCCAGACUAGACAUGACCUCCAACAAGCUGAAGAAGAUCCCUCCGGACCCGUUGUUCCUGCGGAUCCCCGUCUACGCCAAGAUGAAGGGCUCCCCGCUGCUGGCGCUGGUCUUGAGUUUCGGCGGGAACCCCCUGCACUGUAACUGUGAGCUGGUGUGGCUGCGGCGACUGACCCGGGAGGACGACCUCGAGACCUGCGCUUCCCCCAGAGACCUGGCCGGCAAAUACUUCUGGACCAUCAGAGAGGAGGAGUUUGUUUGCGAGCCCCCGAUGAUAACUCGUCACACCUCCAAGAUGUUUGUGAUGGAGGGUCAGGAGGUCAGCCUGCGCUGCAAGUCCAUCGGAGACCCCGAGCCCUCGACCCACUGGGUCAGUCCGGACGGGAAGCUGAUCGGCAACACGUCCAGAACCGUCUGCUACGAGAACGGCUCGCUGGACAUCCUCAAGGCCUCGGUCAAGGAUUCUGGAAAGUUCACGUGCAUCGCAUCCAACGCCGCCGGGGAGGCCACCGCUCCGGUCGAGUUAGUCGUCAACCCCUCGCCCCACUUUGACCCUAAACUGGACCCCGACCCGGGGCCUUCGGACAUCCCCACGUCCAUCAAGUCCAACGUCAGCGGGGGUCACGCCCGGUACGACCAGCAGAGGGUCAGCGUGUCGGAUCUAACGUCCAGUACUGCUACCAUCAGGUGGCCCCCGCAGAACCACAUACCAGGAGUCCGCAUGUACCAGAUCCAGUACAACAGCUCCACGGACGAUAUCCUCAUUUACAGGUAA